AUGCCUCCCGACUCGAGUAACUCCUCGUCCAUUUCCGUCGCGGUUCGUGUGAGACCGUUUACCAUUCGAGAGGCUGCUCAGAUUUCGAAAUGCGAGGCUGGACCUCUCUUUCUUGGUGAUGGGUCUCUGGCGGGAGCGCCCACACCGAAGCUGCAACAGAAGGGACUCAGAUCGAUCAUCAAGGUCAUCGACGACAGGUGUCUAGUCUUCGAUCCCCCCGAAGAUAACCCCGUUCAGAAGUUCUCGAGGAGCGUCGUCCCAAACGGAAAGCCGCGUGUUAAGGACCAGACCUUUGCCUUUGAUCGAAUCUUCGACCAGAGCGCCUCGCAGGGAGAGGUCUACGAAUCUACUUCCAGAAGUCUUCUUGAUAACGUUCUCGACGGUUACAAUGCCACGGUAUUUGCUUACGGUGCGACCGGAUGUGGAAAAACACACACCAUCACUGGCACCACUCAACAGCCAGGUAUCAUUUUCCUCACAAUGCAAGAGCUGUUCGAGCGUAUCGAUGAGAGGUCUUCCGAGAAAGCGACCGAAGUUUCCCUGUCGUACCUCGAGAUUUACAAUGAGACGAUCCGUGAUCUUCUGGUUCCCGGUGGAAGCAAAGCCGGCUUGAUGUUGCGAGAGGAUUCGAACAAGUCAGUCUCAGUGGCUGGUCUGUCCAGUCAUCAUCCGCAGAGCGUGCAGCAGGUCAUGGAUAUGAUUAUGCAGGGUAACGAGUGCCGUACUAUGUCCCCGACCGAAGCAAACGCAACCUCCUCGCGAUCCCACGCCGUCCUACAGAUAAAUGUUGCUCAAAAGGACCGCAACGCUGAUGUAAAUGAACCGCACACAAUGGCAACCCUGAGUAUCAUCGACUUGGCUGGUAGUGAACGUGCGAGCGCGACCAAGAACAGAGGAGAAAGGCUGUGGGAAGGUGCCAACAUCAACAAGUCGCUACUUGCCCUGGGUAGCUGCAUCAACGCGCUCUGCGACCCACGCAAAACGAACCACGUUCCUUAUCGCAAUUCGAAAUUGACGCGGCUUCUCAAGUUCUCCCUCGGUGGUAACUGCAAAACAGUGAUGAUUGUCUGUGUCAGCCCAUCGAGUCAGCAUUUCGACGAGACCCAGAACACUUUGCGAUACGCGAACCGGGCAAAGAAUAUCCAGACCAAAGUUACGAGAAACGUGUUUAAUGUCAACCGUCAUGUCAAGGAUUUCUUGGUGAAGAUCGAUGAGCAGAUGAACUUAAUUAACGAACUCAAGGCCCAGCAAAAGAAUCACGAACAGGUUGCUUUUACCAAGUUCAAGAAGCAGAACGAGAAGAAAGACAGCGUCCUCCUGGAAGGUGUUGCUCGUAUUCGCAAUGCCUUCGAGCACUCGCUGCCGGAAAGACAGGAACGGACCAACAGUAUGAUCAAGUUGAGACAGAUCAGCCGCCGGAUCGGCUUGCUGUCCUCUUGGAUUGCUGCUUUCGAUAAUGUUUGCGCGAGCUACGAAGGCGAUGAAGAGCCAUUGUCGAACCUCCAAGCUAUCCGCAAAUCGGCCCAAGGAAUUCUCUUGGAGUUGGAAGGGAGCAGACAACACUACCACCAGCGGUUGGCCAAGAAUGCAUGGGAGCGUGGGCUGAACUCCGCUCUCGAAAAUGCUAUCCGUCAGCUCAGAGAAUUCAACAUCUCCGAUAACAGUGACAUUUCUAACCUCAACCGCGAAGCCGAGUUACUCAAGGCUAAUAUGGAGCGGGAGGCUCUGACUGCUUUGGCAGAGCAAGACAAGGUCGGAGAUGCGGCAACGAUGCAACUACUUUUGCAGGCUCAAUUUGAAAUGAUUACUUCUAUUGAGACCAUCAUGCAGCUGAGCGAAGCGGACGCGAUCGAGGAAGGCAUGAAGAUCCUCAUGAAAAUGCUGAAUUCUUGCUCUACAGUUACCUCUAAUAUUGUCAAACCGGAUGGCAGCUUGCCCCCGAUUCCUCCGCCUAGCCCGCUCAAGACUAGCUCUCCUAAGAAGAAGAGGGUAAGCCUUAUCAAUGUACCUAGUGCAAAGACCUUGAGUGCUCCCAUCACUUUCGCCCCGACAGCCACUUCUCCCACCAAAGCGUCUCCUCGUCGUCCCAAAAUGAAAGUGGGUAGAAAGAGUGUCAGCUUCUCUCCAAAGAAAUCUCAGCCAAAGGCACCUAAGCGAAGUGUCCGGUGGAAGGAUGAUGAAGAGGAUGGCUCUCUGGCCGAAUUCCAGAAAACUCCUCAAAAAGCUUCAGCUGCUCCAGCCGCUUUAGCCCCAGAAGACAACACGGAACACGACCUACCAGUGCAGCGGACAUCCCCUAUACCCCGGGGCAUUCCAGUGCCAAAAAGGAGUCCCUCUUUGGGCUCUUUGGGUUCUUCUCCAAUUCCAGCACCCCCUUCGGAGCCCACCCUUAAUGUUACUAAGGGCAGUAGAUUUCAGGCUGGGUUCCUGUCAAAGAAGAACGGCAGUUCUCCAGCCCCUGCGCCCCCUUCGACAAGUUUGCCUUUGUCCGAUAACGAGAAGUCGCCCCUUCGAAACAUCGAGAACAGUAGCUUCUUGAAUCGCCCGUCCGUCGAACGUCCUUCUCGAAUGCCGGUGCGAAGAUCCAGCGGAAGCAUUUCCAGCAGCCCUUUGUCUGAAAGCAAGGGCAGCUGGAAGGCAAACAAGGACGAUGCCAUCAAAAUUAACUCUGCCAUGAGACGCAUUUCUGGCGGCCAAUUUGGUUCAGCAGUUUCUGCGAAUACCCACCGUGCCCACCGCCGACGGAGUCCAACUUCUGCAUCAUACGGAGGAGGUUCGCCUACCGAGAACACCAUGUUCACUGCUUCUGGGGCCAGGCGAAUGACGAAGAACGAGGAGACCGAGACCAAGCCACGGGUCUUGGGUCCUCGAACGAUCCCUGUAAUGAAGAGCACAGCGCAUAGACGUUCUACGUUUGGUGGUGACCUCCGGGCCAGUCUCACGAGUCGGGAUGCCAUCCGGCUUAGCGCUAUGGCAACCCCAAACCUUGAGAAGUUUUCAAACAACUCUGGGGGUGCUUACUGGUAG